CACUGGGAGGAGGAGAGGCAGGCGGACUGCGGCUGUGUGUGUUGUUUAGUUUGAACAAAAUGGCUGCGAGACCGCUGUCAACGAGAGCUCCCUGAACCGCCUACCGUGAGUGUCCGCUCCGUCGUAUGGAUCAACACAGAAUGUAUUUCGUCGGAGCCGCUACUCACUUCUCAUUCGCGGUAGUCAGCCCGUGUCGAGUCGCCCAGCCGGCGACWUAAACAAACAAACCUUUCUUUUUUGCACUUUAAAACAAGUUGGCUGGCUGACGGCCGUCGGCUUGCUUAGCGAGAACUGCUCAGCGAUUUUUUUUUCCUCCACUAAAACUGCCUAAAUUCUGUUGUUUUGCAGUACUUCGCAAAGGUCGACGACUGAGUUAAGCCAACCAGCUAAUGAUAGCUUAUAUAAUUUAGCUGCUUUUCAAAGUCAUUUUAUUCGUAUUUGGGUUUUUUGGUUUGUUUAUUAGUGGUGCUUCGCCCCAUCCCCUCCCCUCGUUACAACGUCGUAUGGUUUUGUUUUUAUUUUUAUUAUUUUUUUGCCCAGUACAAUUUGACGAACUAUUUAAUUGUCUUGCUCAAAGCAGAAAAUCACCGUACUUGCUGURUGUUUAUCUGGCUGCGUAGCCAAUUGUUUACCUCGAAUAUUAUCUUUGACACCAAGCUGCUUCAGCAGCAGUCGGCUUAUCUAUCAAGUCUGACUUUAAUUGCGACUAAAAUCUCUGCUACAUCGCUUUACGGGUAACUUUUAAAUAAAGAGAAGAAGAGGAGGAAAAACAAACAAAAAACAUGCUUUAUUGCAUAUUUUUCUGCCAUGCAUCGACUCUUCACUGAAACAAGCGGCCAAAGCUGUUGUGAAAGGAAGCUGAGAGAAGCAAGCAACACAAGAAAGAGAAUCAUUUGAUGGAAGAAAGGAAAAGGAAAAACCAAGAAGAAAAGAUCAAGAAAGACAUCCCUCAAAAAAAGGCCACUGAUCAAAAACCCAAAGUGCCAGAGCCUGCUCCCUCUAAGCCCAGUCCUGGUCCAUCUCACCACCUCCAACCCUCCAGCCCCACGCUGCCCCUCUCCUCCUCCUCUUCCUCSUCCUGUUCUCCUGGCAAUGGCAAGCGCUCCCCCUGCGGUAUCCAACUCCCGACUCAGACUGCCCCUCAGCAGCAGUGCCAAUUGUCCUCUGCCAGUGCUCGCUACCCGCCCAGAGAGGUGCCCCCGCGCUUCCGUCAGCAGGAGCACAAGCAGCUACUGAAGAGAGGCCAGCCGCUGCCUGCAGGAGCUCUCAGUGCUUUCACUCGCUCUUCAUCCUCUCCCUCCUCCUCUCCCCCGCCACCGUCCUCUUCUUCUUCUACGAGUACCARCAACACUACCCCAAACUCUGCCACGUCCUCUUCGAACGAACACCACCCAGACAUAUCCCUCCAGAGUGGUUCUGGUGCCCGCUAUGAUAGCUCUCAUUGGGGAUCCUCUGUACCACUUGACAAACACUCCAGUGCCAACAGUUGGGACACAGUAAUCAGUAACGGAAACGAUACAGAAUCUUGGCCAUCCAUCAGCCGUAGCAGUGACCCCCUCCACCUGGCAACACCAGAAUGCUCCUUGGACUUAGCUAGCUCUAAUCAAGACACCAGUGCUGUCGUCACAACUAGCAAGUGUGGUUUUCUGAGUAUGGCCACAGGUACUGCUGGCCAGCAGGCCCUCUACAGCUCUCUCAAAACAAACAAUAACAUGAUGACAGGACCUGUUUCAACCAACACACUAUCAGGUAACAGAGGGUGGGGCUCAGAUGGAAAACAGGAUGCAAUGAAUAGUGGAAGAGUUGGACCUUCGAAUAACUGGGGACCACCUAAUUUUAACUUGAACCUAAAUCCAAAUGCCAAUCCAUCAGCCUGGCCAGCUCUGGGACAUGAAAGUGGUGGGGGUGGUGUUAUUGGUCCCAGUGGAGUGUCCAACUCUUCAUCCCUCCCUCCAGGUAUAAAUGUCAAUGGAAAUAUGAGAAAUGGAAAUGCAGAUAAUGGUGGGGGAGGCUGGGUCAGCAUGAUGAGCGGUAAUGAAAAUGAUAAACAGCACCCUUCAGCCAACACAAACCUAUCCUUCAAUAUGGAGCCUGCUAACCUUAACACUGAUGGACCAAACUACACUAAACAGCAACAAGCUCAGGAGCCUAUGAGCCCCAUUCAUGGCUUAACUGGUUGGGGAGGCCAGUCACCCACUGAAUCAUCUAAGCUCAAUGGUGACACAACAGGCAGUUCUGUUUGGGGCAGUGGAGAAACCAAGGCAGCUGAGUCUCCCAAAGACUCAAGCUGGGAUUCAACUCCCUCCACAGCUCUCUCUACCUGGGACCGCCAAGGAAGUGGUGGUGGUGGAAAUAGUGGAAAUGUUGGUUGGGGUGAUUGGGGCAAGUCCUCUGGGGUUGGAGAUGUAUCUAAAAGCUGGGACUCAGUAGAUGCUGGUAGUUCUGGUUCAGGUCAAGAGCAGCAAAUUAGCUCAUGGGGCAAGCUUUCAGGAACAGCCCCAGCUAGUGAGGAUAGCGGGGACAGCAGUGAGGGUCGAUCACAUCACAGAGACCGAUCCUCCAGCAUGGAUUUUACCCCUUUGCUACCACGGCAGGACCUUGAUCCUAGAGUACUCAGCAACUCAGGAUGGGGACAAACCCCCAUCCGACAGCACACUGUUUGGGAGAUGGAAGAAGCCAAUUCUGAUGAUGGGAAGAGCAAUAGCAGCUCUGACACCAUGGGAUGCUCCAGCUCCAAUGGUGGCCCCUCAUCAGCCAAUGGAGGUACUAUUAACCCUCAUACUGGACCCAAUCAGAAGCCUAGUACUGGAGGAAAAAGUGACAGCGAGGGGUCAUCUUCAUCUGGAUGGGGACCCCCUCCACCUCAGCCAAUCCAAACUGGAUCAGGAUGGGGGGACCCUUCACCUACUCUUAACAAUACCACAAAUGGCACAACCACUGGCUGGGGAGAUCCUUUACCUACUAAUGGUUCUAAAAAUGAGGGCACCCCAUCCUGGGGUUCCGAGGACAAGUCACCCAACUGGGAUGAUGGUAUGAUGAAAAACCGCCCUACUAGCUGGGGAGAGGGACCCAAAAGCUCCCAUGGUUGGGGCAGUGGUAAUGGGGGAUCCAGUGUCUCCACCCCAGGGGACUGGGAAGAGCCAGAUGUCAAGAAUAGCGAGACUUCUAGCAGCAUGUGGGAAGAAGGAGGUAAUGGAGGAACUGGUGGAUGGAAAGACAGCCCUAAAGGAGGCGGAAGAGGAGGAAGUGGGUGGGGCAAACCUGCUCCUGCUGUGAGUAACUGUAACUGGGGGGAGGCCCCGCGUAACAGUGGCCCAGUGCAGGGAGGCUGGAGUUCUUCCAAGCCCCAGGAAAGCAGCAGCAGUGGCAGUAGCACUGGCAGCAUGGGUUCCUGGGGUGGUCCUAGCUCAGUGAAGCAGAACAACACUAGCUGGGGAAACGUAUGCAAACAAGACCAGGGCAUGGAGCCCACUGGUUGGGAAGAGCCUUCUCCACCCUCCGUCCGCAGGAAGAUGGAGAUAGACGAUGGGACAUCAACCUGGGGUGAUCCCAGUGCCUACAACAAAACUGUCAACAUGUGGGAUCGUAAUAACCCUAAUAAUAACCCAGGCAACAGUGGCCCUCCUCCCACCAAAAAUGGAGGAAUGAUUAUUUCCAACAAUAACAAUAAUCAUCAUCAUCCUCACCACAUGCAUCAUCAUAACCAUCAUGGCCAGCCCCCAACUCACUUGCAGCACCAAGGAAAUAACAACGGAUCACCAAAUAAUGCUGCGUCACAUCCAGGUUCUGGGCCCCAGGGUAGGCCUCCCAUUGCUAACCCAGGAUGGGGAGACCUUCCCAGUUUUCAGCCCAAGUCAGAGCCUGCUUGGGGAGAACCAGCAGCUCCGACAUCAGCUGUUGACAAUGGUACCUCUGCUUGGGGUAAACCCUCAGGUGGCGUUGGAGGAUGGGGGGACAGUGGCCAUGAGCCCCCUGGCCCAUUUGCUAGGUCCAACGGACCCACAGCUUCAGCACCUUGCAAGCCAGGCCCCAAACCUAUGCAAGAUAGCUGGGGAAAUGGAGAAGAAAUGAGCAUGUCUACUAACCAAUGGGACACUGAGGAUGGGGAUGUAUGGAACAGCCCCACCUCCCAGGAGAGUAGCUCUUCUUGUAACUCCUGGGGCAAUGGACACAAGAAGUGUCCAACCAAGGGGAAGAUGAGCAGCAAGCCAGAUGAAGCCUGGAUCAUGAACCGUCUCAUCAAACAGCUCACUGACAUGGGCUUUCCGAGAGAUCCUGCUGAGGAGGCGUUAAAGAGCAACAAUAUGAACCUUGAUCAGGCCAUGACCGCCCUGCUGGAGAAGAAGACGGACCUGGACAAGCGGGGCAUGGGUUUAUCUGAUUAUAGCAACGGCAUGAACAAGCCUCUGGUCUGUCGUCCCUCUGCACUCUCCAAAGACCCCUCAGACCGCGCCGCCUUUCUUGACAAGGAUGGUGUCCUGUCAGAUGAUGCCGCUCCAUCACCGUUUUUGCCUUCCCCCAGCCUGAAGCUUCCCCUGGCCAGCAGUAGCCUUCCUGGUCAGGGUCUGGGACAGGGCAAUCUGGGACUGGCCAUGCAAAACUUGAACAACAGACAGAUACCCAGUGGAAUGUUUGGCGGUAGUGGAGCAGCACAAACCCGGGCCAUGCAGCAGCAGCAGCCUCCUCAGCCACCAGUGCCACCUCUCAGCUCCUCCCAGCCUAGUCUACGUGCUCAAGUGCCUCAGUUUCUCUCCCCUCAGGUCCAAGCACAGCUCUUGCAGUUUGCAGCAAAAAACAUUGGUCUAAAUCCUGCACUUUUAACCUCACCAAUAAACCCUCAACAAAUGAACUUGUUGUAUCAACUCCAGCAACUGCAAAUGGCGUACCAGCGUUUACAAAUCCAGCAGCAGAUGAUGCAGGCGCAACGCAACGUUUCCGGCCCCAUUAGGCAACAAGAGCAGCAAUUUGCACGUACAAUCACCAACAUUCAGCAGCAGAUCCAGCAAAUUCAGCAGCACCAGCGUCAGCUGUACCAGGCGCUGCUGAUGAAGCAGCAGCAACUUCCCUCACAUUCCUCCUCGUCCUCUUCCUCUGCUGGUCUGCACCACCCCGGUGGCCCCGCCGGAGGCCAUGGCUCCGGAAAAUCAACUCUGGACCCCUUCACAGGCCCUCACCAGGCUCCGGGCCUCGCCGACACUCUGCACACCAAAGAGCCUCCGUCUUCGCCCAAUGCCUACAGCACCUACCCUCUUUCUGGACUGAAUCCAAACAUGAAUGUAAACGGCAUGGACGUUGGGGGACUGUCCCUGAAGGAGCCCCCCCAGCCCCAAUCUCGCCUGUCCCAGUGGACACACACAAACUCAAUGGACAACCUCUCUGGCAACUCCUCAAAUAUGGAGAAUAACCUCAAUAAACAUGGUGCCAUCUCUUCUGCUGCCUCCACCCUGGUACCCCCUGGGAAGCCUCCACAGCUGGAGGACUCGUACAGCCCUUACAAUCUAAUCUCUAACUCUGAGUCCCCCACCAGCCCCCUGGUGCCUCCUGACAGCUGGGGCCAAGGCAAGAGCCCCAAUGAAAAGAUCUCAAAUGGGACCAACAUCAACUGGCCUCCAGAGUUCUGUCCAGGUGUGCCAUGGAAGGGCCUUCAGAACAUCGACCCCGAGAACGACCCGAACAUGACCCCUGGCAGCGUCCCCAGCGGCCCCACGAUCAACACCAAUAUUCACGACGUCAACCGGUACCUGCUGCGGGACAGGAACGGAGGUAAACUGUCUGACAUGAAGUCCACCUGGUCUCCAGGGCCCAUCACUCAGAGUCAAGCAUCUCUGUCCCACGAACUGUGGAAAGUCCCUCAGGGGCCACGCAACACCACAGCCCCGUCCCGGCCCCCACCAGGUCUCACCAACACCAACAAGUCCUCCUCCACUUGGAGUGGCAACUCUUUGGGCCUGGCCCCGGGCUGGAGCGGCUCCUACUCCUCUGAGGGAACCACGUGGAGCACCGACAGCUCCAACAGGACCAGCAGCUGGCUGGUGCUGAGGAAUCUCACCCCACAAAUUGAUGGCUCCACUCUGCGGACCCUGUGCAUGCAGCACGGCCCCCUGAUCACAUUCCACCUCAACCUGACGCAGGGGAACGCCGUGGUGCGCUACAGCUCCAAGGACGAAGCCGCCAAAGCCCAGAAGUCCCUGCACAUGUGUGUGCUCGGAAACACCACCAUCCUGGCGGAGUUUGCCGGGGAGGAGGACGUCAACCGCUUCUUUGCACAAGGCCAGUCGCUGGGGGCAAACACCACGAGCUGGCACGCCAACCCGGGAACCAAUCAGAAUCGGAUGGGCGGGGCAGCUCAGUCUCACACGGUCGGCCAGUGGAGCAGCGGCAGCGGCGGCGGGGGAAAGACCAGCGGGAACGAUCUGCUGUGGGGUGGGGUGCCCCAGUACUCCAGCCUGUGGGGGCCGCCCAGCAGAGAGGAUGCACGCGUGAUCGGGAGCCCCACCUCUAUCAACACGCUGCUGCCUGGGGACCUGCUGAGCGGGGAGUCCAUGUAGGACGAUGCCACGGUACACUAACCCACCACCACCGUGUUGUUUAAGCUGUCGGGGUGGGAUCUUUAAAAAAAUAACUUAAAUGAAGAAAAAAAAAGAUCGAAAUGAGCAAGAGCAAAACCCAAGCAAAUCAUGUGGCGAUAAUCAGUAUCAGAUMAAUUGUUUGGAACUGUGAAUUGUAAAUCAGAACGCUGAGGGUCCCUAACAGACUGUAGACCCCCAGCCCCUCUGCUUUACUCUGGUCCUCGUUUAGUUUUGUUUACCCUUUCCUCCUUUGAGUUUACUAUUUUUUUAAAUUGAUCAUAUAAAAGAUACUGAAACUAG